CUCGCCCCUUCCCCGUCCCUCCCCCGUCCCCGUCCCCGUCCCGGGGGCCGUCGCCACCGUUUCCCACCAUGGCUCUGAAGAGAAUCCACAAGGAAUUGAAUGACCUGGCUCGAGAUCCCCCAGCGCAGUGUUCAGCAGGUCCUGUUGGAGAUGAUAUGUUUCAUUGGCAGGCUACAAUAAUGGGGCCAAAUGACAGCCCCUAUCAGGGUGGAGUAUUUUUCUUGACAAUUCAUUUCCCAACAGAUUACCCCUUCAAACCGCCUAAGGUUGCAUUUACAACAAGAAUUUAUCAUCCAAAUAUUAACAGUAAUGGCAGCAUUUGUCUUGAUAUUCUACGGUCACAGUGGUCUCCAGCACUAACUAUUUCAAAAGUACUUUUGUCCAUCUGUUCUCUGUUGUGUGAUCCCAAUCCAGAUGAUCCUUUAGUGCCUGAGAUUGCUCGGAUCUACAAAACAGAUAGAGAAAAGUACAACAGAAUAGCUCGGGAAUGGACUCAGAAGUAUGCGAUGUAAUUAAAGAAAUUAUUGGAUAACCUCUACAAAUAAAGCUAGGGGAACUCUGAGAGAGAGAAAGUCCUUUUGAUUUCCAUUUGACUGCUUUCUAUGAGCCCACGCCUCAUCUUCCNCUGUGCACAUGUUUACCUGACACAGCAGUGCUGCGUGUUGUACAUACUUGGAACAACAAACUAGAAAUACUGUACUUCUGUACCAACAUUGCCUCCUAGCAGAGAAGUGUGUGUGNGANAAGCCAGUUCUCCGGGCGUAACCUAGGUGUGAGACUAAAAGCUUUCCUUAUUGACUUAACUUUGGAUAAUGGCAAGAUGUGAGGGGUAGUGGGUACACAGUGUGUNCUUGAAUGGGAGGAAAAAGCUCCAGUGACCCAGAGGAGAUUGUUCUUAAGUGGGAUCCUUCCAAUCUCAAACAGUCAAAAAGCAAGGUGAAGAACGUGAAGCUGUAUUCAUUUCAUCCUGAAGGACCUACAACUUAGGUGAAAGUUAUGACCAAACAGAUUAAACUACAUGCUGUGCUUUAAGGUCUAAGGUUAACNGAUCAACAUUUAAAUGGACUGGAGCUGUUAGUACAUAAAGUGUGGUGGGCUUUGUUCCCAACACUUCACUCUCCCUGCCCUUUCAGCCUUCCUCCUUUUAGCCCCUUUCCAUAAUCUUUGGUUUGUAUGUGGUUUCUCAGUUAAUACAUAGCUAAUAGCUCUUAUUUUUCUUAUGUUUUUAACUGCUUUAGGCCUAUUUCGAUGUAAGGGUGGAGAUGUAUUUGAUGGAAAUCCGUGUGUAUAUUUAAGACCCCGUUGCUCCUUUGGAGCUUGUACGUUCACGAAUGAUUCAUCUGUGUAAUAAACUGAUUACUACAGUCAUUACAGAUAAUUUUGUGUGACUAGGCUUUUUGAUUUAAAAACUUGGUCUAGCUAAGGUUAGUGGUGGAUUUUUUUUCCUCACCCCUGAAAUGUUUUCAUCUAUAUUUGUUGCAUUUCAAAAUCAUGAAACAAUUCCAGUUUACAUACUAAAAAAGAUAUAAGAGUAAUUUUAUUAAACAAGGUAGAGGCAUAAGCUUAAAGGCAUUUUCAUGAAACUUAAAUGUGCACCAUUCCAGGAACAUGACUGUUAAACUAAAUAAAUUUGCUUUGUUAAUGAAACUGAGCAGCAUUUCACCAAAACCUGUGACAGUCUCUUGGUACAUAGGACAUAGAACGCAAAGGUGUAGGUUGCUGUUUGAUAAGUUAAUUGAUUGUAAUUAUAAAGAGUAACUGACCAAACCUGGGAAACAUGAGCACAAUCUUGUAUUGGAGAGUCUACGUUAUUACUUUGCACUAACAUUUGCAGGAUGUCCAUUGGUUUUAAAUUGUACUGUAUGUGGCUUUUUGAAGUCUUCCCUUGACUCUAGUAAAAUGUAGUUUGAAAUUUGUAAACAACUGUUAAUCCAGAAACAUUCAUGUGAACUAGGCUAGUUACCUCCCCUCAUCCCUUUUCCUAACCUAAAUGUAAGCCGGGCCAGCUUGAAGGCCAUGGCCAAUGCUCUCUAGUCACCAGGAUCUUUAAACUGCAUCUUGACACUCUUGCACAAAAAUUGAGGAAUAAAUGACCACUGCUUUUGGUUUUAAACUUG